AAUGAGAAAUUAAGAAAAGUGCACAUUUCAAAGACUACCAUUUCACAAUACUCAAAUCAGAACUGGAAUGCCACAAAAACAACUCCCUGUUAGCCCAGAGAAGAAAAAAAAAAAAAAAAAAAAAAAAAAAAAAAGAAAGAAAGAAAGUAAAGGGGAAAUUCAGAUUAGUCACAAAGAAGUUCCCCGCCUGCUGCAAAGCGGCAGUGUUAAAACUGAGAGAGUCCGCUCUGCUCUUUCAAUUGCCUCUUAUCUCUGGUCCUGGUACCUCUGUGGAUUUGCUGAUUGAUACGCUUGGUUUUGUCUUCAUCUCCUUCUUGGCAGGAGAGACAUCCGUUCUCUCUCAGACUCCCCCUUUGGCUCAGUUUUCAUCUUUGCUGCAUCCAGACUGUGAAGAUGGAAGGGGUCCAAUCCCUGGAUGAGAAUGUGAGAAACGCGCCAGGUCUGAGAUUCCAGACGCACAAGCUCAUGCUGGUGGCCUUUGUGGUCCAGGGGCUGGGGCUGCUCCUGUGUCUCACCUACAUCUGCUUGCACUUCUAUGCUCCUCAGGUGCCACUUCAGUAUCCUCCAAUUCAAAGUAUCAAAGCACAAUUUACUGAGUGUGACAAUGAAAAAGGUUUCAUCCUCAAAUCCUCAAACGAAGAGAAAACCAUGAAGGUACAAGACAACUCAAUCUCCAUCAGAUGCGAUGGGUUUUAUCUCGUCUCCGUGAAGGGCUACUUCUCCCAGAAGCUCAGCCUCAGCCUUCAUUACAGGAAUAACUCGGAACCCCUCUUCUCCCAUGACAAGGUCACGUCUGUCAAUUCCAUCACUGUGGCCUUUCUGCUUUACAAGGACAAAGUCUACUUGAAUGUGACUACUCACAAUUCCUCUUGUGCAGACAUCCAAGUGAAUGGUGGGGAGUUAAUUCUCGUUAGUCAAAAUCCUAGUGGAUACUGUGCUAAUGAAUGAGGACCUGAUGGCCACACCUAAGCCAGGCACCAAGCUCGAAUGCCAUACUCAAGGUGGACAGGACACUGGUUCUUCCUUGGGAGUGGAGGAGUCGUCCCAGAUCAGCCCCCACCUCUGGCUACACAGGAUGUGAUCAGAAGAUUCCCCCACUCCCACUCAGGGAUAUUUAAGACUUAUUUUACAUAUCAUUUAAUUUUAUUUAUUCUCAUAUAUUCUAAAGCACCUAGCCCUCAUCCUUCACAAUUGCCUCAAGCCUGUCAGGUACUUCUGCCCAAAAAGAAACUAGGUGCCUCUUCCUCAUGAUACAUUGUUUCUAUUGGUCAGGAAAUGGUCUAAUAAACUUGCUUUAUUGAAAAAGACACUGGAUGAGCAUUUUCUGGAAAUCUGGCAUCUGGUGUUGUUGAAAUGAAGAAGACCAAGGAGCGGGCCGACGAAUCAGUCGGAAGUGGCGUGGACCCCACUGACAGCCGCAGCUGUCUCUCGAGGAUGGAAUGUGUUGCAGUCUGCAUGUUGCCUAAAUACCUCUUACUGGGUGAAGUUAAGAAGGAAAAUCAGCUUGUAAACUGCUUCAGGAUUUGGCUAAGAUAAAGAUUACUCUGUCCAGGCUUUUUUUCCUCUACCACAUCGCUUUCUCCACCUUCUAAAUGUUUUUAAUAGCAAUUCUCCCCUCAAAAAUCCAGUAAGAAUUUAAACAGUCUGGGGAGGGAAACAUUUUUGUUACUGAUAGUCAAUGGAUCACGUAUGCACCCUUCAGCUUAUGCUGGUAACACUCAGCCCCAUGCCUUGUACAUGCACACCACAUUGCUGGUUUCAGAAAUGAAGUAAUUCUAUCAUAUUAUCAGAUACAACUUUAUGUCAAAGUCACCAAGAGCCUACUGUAUCUUAUGAAAAACAAUGAUCUCUAUCUAGAAAGAUCCUAAUAUCACAUAUGAUCCUAUAUCAAUUAUUGAGACUAGAAUCAGCUAACACCAAGGCUUUUCUUUUUUCUUUUUUAGAAUAUAUUUUAUUGAUUUAUUACAGAGAGGAAGAGAGAGGGAU